AUGCCCAAGAAACAUCACGCGACGCUGUACGAGGUCUAUAACCACGUCUCAAACUGGCGCGUCAUCCGUCCCGCCAAAGAAAAGACACAACCGUACAUUCUUGGGAACUUCAAUAGCUUUGCAUUGCAUCCUGGAGGCCGGCAGGCUAUCCUUUCGCACGCUGGCAAAGAAGUAACCGAGCUUUUUUCCAUGCUUCAUCCGUCUGAUGCGUUGGACAAUCUACCACCUGAAGCAUGCCUAGGUUUUGUUGAUCCGAGCACGGUUCCUGCACAGGACAAGGUAUUGUCCGAAUUUGACCUGCAACGACGAGCCGCGAGAGAAAUUAUGCCCCCGGCUCAGAGCAUGCUGCUAUUGCGGGACUUUGAAGAAUGGGCCCAACGCGUGUUGAGUGAGACGGCUUGGGCGUACUACCGCAGUGCAUCUGACGAAGAACACACCUUUAUGGAGAAUCAGAAUGCUUUCAGACGAUACUUCUUUCGUCCUCGCGUCCUCGUGAGAGACAUGUCCACUGGCUCGAUUGAGACUACGUUCAUGGGAAUCGAGUCUUCAAUGCCCAUUUUUAUUUCACCCGCUGCAAUGGCAAAAUUGGGCCACCCUCUCGGAGAAGUGAAUUUGACCCGGGCAGCUGGUGAUUGGGAUAUCGUACAGGCCAUUUCCUCGAAUGCCAGUUGUAGUGUGGACGAGAUUUUUGAAGCAAGUAGCGAGGGUCAACCUUUGAUAUUCCAGCUCUAUCUCAACAAGGAUCGCUCGCAGUCAGAGACUCUCAUCCGAAAAGUCGAGAAGCUGGGAGCAAAAGCAAUCAUGUUCACUGUUGAUACAUCCUGGGAUUCAAAGCGKACACUGGACAGUCGUGCAAAAGCCCCGACCAGCUCCGGAGAGUCGUCGGCAACCGUCGCAACUCUCCCUGUGAAUCAGGCGAUAUCAGGUUAUCAAGAUCGUAAUCUGACUUGGGACGAUAUAGCCUUCAUUAGGAGAAAUACCAAGCUCCCAAUCAUCGUCAAAGGAAUCCAGUCGCUCGAGGACGUCGAACUCUGUAUUUCUCAUGGCGUGGAAGGCGUGAUAAUUUCGAAUCAUGGAGGUCGCCAAGCUGAUUACGCCCCUGCCCCGAUUGACAUUCUGUACGAGAUCCGAGCUUUACGUCCAGAGCUGUUUGAAAAGACAGAGAUCAUGAUUGAUGGGGGUAUUCGAUGCGGUGCCGAUGUUGUCAAAGCGAUUGCCCUAGGUGCCAAAGCGGUAGGGUUGGGGAGGCCUUUCUUGUAUGCCAAUGGAACACAUGGGGAAGAGGGAGUGAGACGAGUGAUGGAGAUCCUUCAUGAAGAGAUCACAAAUACCAUGCGCAAUAUUGGCGCAAACACUAUUGAACAGCUCAAGCCUGAGAUGGUUGGGCCGUCAGGUCCUUGGGUCGGCGCAAAUCGGCCGCCCUAUAGUAUCACUCUGGUCUUUGACAAUUAUGUUAUAGUGGUGGCAUUGGUAUUUGUGAUUGCCCUCACUGCAGCGGCUACUGAAAUGAUCACAAAUGGAGGUGUCGGACUACAACUUGGGGUUGUCGCGUUGGCAGACAUGGAAUACAUGUUCAAAUUGUUGCUUGUCUUGCAGCUUCUCUAUGCCAUUGGACUUCUUCUUGUCAAGACAUCGAUUCUGGGGUUAUACUGGCGUCUUUUCGGCGUCAAGCUAGGAUUCCGAAGGGCAAUCUACGUCGUUGGUGCUGUGGUCUGGGCUUGGGCAAUCAGCUCUAUUCUCGAGACUUUCCUUUUGUGUACCCCAUUUGAAUACAACUGGAACCCAGCCGUUGAGGGGGGGAAAUGCGCCAACAGGAAUGCCGCCUUUAUAGCAACUGGAGUCCUCAACCUUGUCACCGACCUCAUGGUCUUGUCAUUACCACUUUCGCAUAUAUGGGCUUUGCAUCUUCCCCUGGGGCAAAGACUUGGUCUACUCGUGAUAUUCGGUCUCGGCAUGCUUAUCAGCGCCAUAAGCAUGAUCCGCCUCGUCAGUCUAACGCAACUGGACUUCGCAAACCCUACUUACACCGCAACUAUGCCUUUACUGUGGAGUGUUGUCGAAACCCAGUUAGCUGUUAUCACAGCCAAUCUACCUUUUAUGCGUCAGAUCUUCUCCCUUCUUCUGCCACAGGGCUGGCUUGGUUCUCACAAGCCUGGCUAUGACCAGACGACGCACCCUUAUCAGCGAAACGAGAGCAGCAGAACUGCCCAUAACAGCUAUCAGAUGACAGCGAUGUAUCAGGGGCCCAAGCAUGGUGAGGUGGUGAGUAUGGCUCAGUCCAAAGUAAGUGACGGCGGCCAGGGAGACGAUUCUGAUACGGAAUUGGCAGCGCGUGGAGUACUUCCGGAUGGCAUAUAUAAUACAAUGGCGCACAGCGUGAAGUCUAGCGAGCAGUUGCUGGUCCCAUGGAUCUACGACACCUUGCUCUCUAUUUUCCGCUUUUGCCUCAGUAUCUUCUUCCGCGAAGUUUACGCGCCCGGAGCAUGGCGCAUCCCGAAAAAGGGCCCCGUCAUCAUCGUGGCAGCUCCGCACGCCAACCAAUUCGUCGAUUCGAUUCUUUUAAUGCGCAUUCUCAAACGUUAUGCAGGCCGGAGAAUAUCAUUCUUGAUUGCGGAAAAGUCGAUGAGAGAACCGUAUAUUGGCACAUUGGCGGCGCAAAUGGGCGCGCUUCCGGUCACGCGUGCAAUGGAUAACAUAAAGCCCGGAGUGGGCACAAUCUAUCUACCUCAUCCUGAGGGUGAUCCGACUCUGGUGUGUGGAAAGGGCACCAACUUUACCGAUCCGAUGUUCAUGGAACGAGGCACUAUCAUACUGCCUAAAGUAGGCCAGGACGCCCCAGAGCAGCAGGCGAUUGCGGAAAUAGUUGGACCUGAAGAGUUACGUCUGAAAGCGCCGUUCAAGAAGUUUGCUCGCGACCACCCAUUGUUUGAAAGCCUCCGUACAGGAACUUCAUUCAAGGUCGCCCCACACAUCGACCAGAGUCAAAUGUUUGACGCAGUAUACCGCGGACUCGAGUCCGGGGGCUGUAUUGGGAUCUUCCCCGAAGGUGGAAGCCAUGACCGUCCGCGAUUGCUACCAUUGAAGGCUGGAGCUGCUAUCAUUGCUCUUGGAACACUGGCCCGUAGCCCCGACUGUGGCCUGACUAUCAUACCAUGUGGAAUGAACUACUUUCAUCCGAACAAGUUUCGUUCUCGCGCCGUCAUCGAGUUUGGUCCUCCUGUGGAAGUCCACCCAGAUCAGGUCGCUGCUUUCAAGCUCGGCGGAAAUUCCAAGCGUAAUGCAGUCGGAUCUCUUCUAGAGACUAUACAGGAGGCGCUGGAUUCUGUUACCCAGCAAGCUCCGGACCGAGAGUCAUUGAUGCUUAUCCAAGCCACUAGAAAGCUAUAUAAGCCCUUACGAAUGAAACUGCCCCUUCCUGUCGUCAUUGAGCUGAAUAGGCGGUUGUUGAAAGGAUAUACUACGUUCCGGCACGAACCCAAAGUCAUGCAGCUGGCGAAGGAUGUGCGAGCUUACAAUCGUCAACUCAAAGCGUUGGGUGUUCAAGACCACCAGGUUGAAUGGGGUAAUGUACGACGUCGCCCAUGGUGGCUUGUUUUCCUAACGCUCCUCUAUCGUAUCGGCGAGCUUUUGAUGAUGGGGUUGGCGACCCUGCCAGCUCUGGCUCUCUUUUGGCCAGUCUUUGUCACUACAAGAGCUAUAUCUCAUUCCAAACAACGGAAAGCGCUUGCCAAUUCCUCUGUGAAAAUGGACGGUCGCGAUGUCGUCGGAAGUUGGAAGAUUCUUGUUGCAAUGGGCUUUGCGCCUACUUUAUAUACAUGGUACACUGUGAUCGUUACCGGUUGGUUGUACUAUUGUCGGCACGACGGGCAUUACGCGUCUGUUGUACCUUGGUGGGUGAAUGCGAGAUCAUACGUCCCAGACAGCAUUCCACUCCGAAUCUUCGCUUUCUUCUUCUUCGGACUCAUGAUAUCCGUCAGCUUCACGGGCCUUCGAAUUGGCGAGAUCGGUAUGGACGUCUUCAAGUCCCUGCCUCCCUUGUUUAUCGCACUCAACCCCAGCUCUUCAUCCGCACUCAUCAAAUUGCGCAAUCAACGUCGAUCCGUCGUCGCCCAAGUGAUCAACGUCAUCAACACAUUUGGCCCCGAGAUAUUCCCCGACUUUGAGCAUGAGAAACUUGUUGACGACAAUUACGAUUACGACGGCGAAAUGGGCGUCGACAUGGACUAUGCAACCUACAAAUCCCGUCUCAAGAGCAUGCCGCCUAGUGAACCGCAAACACCGAAUCGCAGCCGCAGCAGGAGUAGCGGUAGACGACCCUCUGAUUCCUGGCAAGGUUUCAGCAGUGGGAAUUUCCUCAAGCCGUUGACGUCUGGAGUUUCGGGCCCGUCGAAGGACGAGCUUAGCGAGCUGAACCGUCGCAUUGGGACUUUCUCCGAGAGCGAGCAGGAAAAGACGCGAGUCGUUGACUAA